AUGCUGCUUCCAUUGCUCAUCGCCGCACUCGUCUCGCCGUGGCUGCCGGCGGCAGCCGCUGCGGCAGAGUGCCACCAGCAGCCGCCGCAGCAGUGCGGCGGGGUGGACAUCCCGUUCCCCUUCGGCAUCGGACACGGCUACCUCGAGACGCCGGGCAGCAAGGCACAGCCCUUCAACGUCACCUGCAGCCACCGCGCCGACGACGACGGCGCGCCGCGGCCCAAGCCGACCCCCGUCGUCGACGGCAUGGAGGUGCUCCGCAUCGACGUGCUCCGGGGGAGGAUCUACACCAAGAGCAUGGUCAGCUCGUGGUGCUACAACGCCACGACCGGCUCCAUGGACGACCCGACCACCUGGUGGUACGAGUCCGCGACGACGUUCCGCUUCUCCGAAGACAACAGGCUCACCGUCGUCGGCUGCAACGCCUUCGGGAUCAUCUGGUCCCGGGACGGCGGCGCCGACGACAAGUACCUGGUGGGCUGCAACGCCACCUGCUCGCGCGGCGUGCGGUCGCUGGCCGACGGCUCCUGCAGCAACUUGGGCGGCUGCUGCCAGGCGCCGAUCCCGCCGGGAUCGUCCUUCGAAGCGUCCUUCUUCCCCUACGACAGCAACAGCAGCGCCGGCAUCCCAGCAGGGCUCGGCCCGGCGAGCCCCUGCGUCUACGCCAUGGUGGUCGACAAGGAGGCAUUCGAGUUCCGGGUGGCGUACAUCACCACCGAUGAGCUCUCGAGGGCCGGCGGCUCCUGGGAGGUGCCCAUGGUGCUGGAGUGGGCGGUGGGCGACCAGACGUGCGAGGCGGCGAAGAAGAACAGGACGGCCUACGCCUGCCGCAGCGACAUCAGCAAGUGCUCCAACGCCAAGAACGGCCGCCCUGGGUAUACAUGCAGCUGCCCCGAAGGUUAUGAGGGAAACCCUUACCUUCCUGAUGGCUGCAAAGGUACGUAA